ACUUAAAGAAAGUAUUUUUUGUUAAUCUCCAUUCCAAAAUACAAAUAUCAAAGAUAAUAUUUUUAAUUGUUAUAAUCAUAAUUUCAUUGGAGUUUAUUUAAAUAUAUCUCUGUAAUAUAAAAAAAAUUGUGAAAUAAGAUAUUGCAUUGUUUUUAAAUUUAAAAUGCUAUUAUAACUAUUUCAGCCCUUCUCUAGUUCUUGAAAAUUUACACAUUCACGAUUCCUUUUUUUUUUCCUUAUUCAAUUUUAUUUUUCUAUAGUAUGUUAACAUGGUUUUAAAUUUUAUAAUUUAUGUUUAAUUUUCAUGUUCUAGUUAAUCAAGGUGGCAAGAAAUGUUUUUAUAUUAAAUUAAAGAUCAAUAUUAUAAAUUAGAUUGUAAGUUUAUAUAUUGUUUUUUUAAGAAAAGUGAGACAACAUUUAUUGAAGUUAACACUAAAAAAAAAUCCUUUUUUUUAUUGUUCAUGGGCAUGGAAAACUACGAUUUAGUUCCUAAAUUUUUCAACUUUGUAUGUUUGAUCACUAUUGUUUUAGGUUCUUACAUUUUAGUCCUAAAUUUUAUUUUUUUACAUCUUAGUCUUUGGAUGAGUUAGGAGGGAAAAAGUCCAUGGAAAUAGGGAUAAAAGAGAAAUGGUGUUCGAUCAAUCAUAUUUUAACCACAAAAACUAUUAAUCUUAGUCAAUUAGUUCAUCUUAGAAAGAGUUCAGAAGAAGUGAUGUUUUUUUUCGAACAUGUCAUAAAAAAUAGAUAAGGGCCUAUAAAUUUAUUUUUUUAAUCAAUUGGAUUUCGAGUUUUAGAGUGAUUAGAGGGUUUUGGAGGAUUACUCACUUUUUUUUUGCUAAAUAUCCUUUUAAUUUGUUUUUAAUUUUUAAAUAUUUUUUAAAAUUACUUUAUUAAAAUAAUAUUUAAGAUAUUAUAUAAUUAUGCUAUUAUUUUUAAGAAGAUUAAAACUAUAAUGAUAUUAACAAUUGUUUCAUGAAUAAUUAUGUAUUAAUCUAAUAUAAAAUAUCUUUUAAAUAAUUUGUUCAUGAGAAUAAAAUAUUUAUUUUUUAUUAUAAAAUCUUUAUAUUAUUUUCUUAGAUAUACUGUCUCAUAUAUUUCUAUAUAAGUGCAUUAAAAUAUUGAUUCAUGAUAUUUUUAUUUUUAAUUGAAAUUUGUUUUCAUAGUCAUAAUAAUUUUUUAUUUAUUUUUCAAAAAUAAUUUUUCAAAAAAAAGAAAUACAUAAAAAAAUAAGUUGUUGAUUAAAAAAUGUAUUUUUUAAAUUCAAAUCAUUUAUAAACCAUAGUGUUAAUAAAAAAAUAAUUUUAUUGUAAAAAAAAUAAUUUCAUGAAUAAGAAAAUACAAUUUUGACAAAAAAAAAUAUUUUUUCUUAAUAUAUUUUGUAUCCUAAUCUAUUUUUAUUUUCAUAUAAUUAAAUACAAAAAGUUUCUCAUGGAGUAUAUAUGGAUAAUAUUGCCAGUAAAAACUACCAUCACACAAAAAUAUUCUUGUCAUUUUUUUUUUAUUUCUUCUUGUAUAAUUUUUUAUGCCAUUUUGUUGCUCUUUCUAAAAAUAAAAAUUAAAAUUAAUUUUCAUGAUGUAUAUACAACACCCUAGAAAUUUAUAUAACAACAAUGCACAAAUGUAUUGUGAACAUUAUUCUCAUUGUUCUAUUGUUUUAUAGAAUAUGUUAUAAUUUGAAUACAUUUUCAAAUUUUCUCAAUUGAUUUAUCAAUAAAUGAUUUAAAUUGACAUGUUUUCUAAUUUUCUUACAUUAAAUAACAACCGUAAAUGAGGUCGAAAAUUAGAGUUAUAAAAUGCAAAGCAUUUUUCAUCUAGCAAACAGACCCUAAUAAAUAUCUCUAACAAAUAAAAGAAUCAUCCUCCUAUAUCAUAAGAAAAUUGAAUUAAAGAAAGAAAAAAAUAUUGAAGUUCAAAUGACCAUAGUACCCUUCUUCCCCAAAUCUGGAAAACUCCACCACCCCUGCAAAAACCAACUCUAUCAAAGCAGAAAGCAAAAUUGCCAGACAAAAAAAUGCCGCCACCAAAGACCACCACCACCACACUUCCAUGCUCAAUCCCAACUCUCUUCCUCGCUUUCACUACCCUCUCUUUCCUCUGCUUCUCCCUCUUCUUCCUCUACAACAAAAACCCAUCUUUCCCUAAUCCGCAAACCACCCUCCAAACCUCUCAAAAUUCCAUCAAAGUCUAUGUAGCUGACCUCCCUAGAUCUCUCAACUACGGCCUCCUUGACCAAUACUGGUCCUCCUCUAUACCUGAUACCCGUAUUAGCUCCGACCCAGAUCAUCAGAUCCGACCCAAACCCACCAAGAACCAAAAAUUUCUUGAUUACCCUGAGAAUCCUUUGAUUAAGCAGUACAGUGCUGAGUACUGGAUCACUGGUGACUUAAUGACACCAGAGAAGUUAAAGUUUCGAUCUUUUGCUAAAAGGGUGUUUGAUUGUAAUGAAGCUGAUGUUGUUUUCGUGCCCUUUUUUGCUACACUGAGUGCUGAAAUGGAGCUUGCAAAGGGAAAGGGAAGUUUUAGGAGAAAAGAAGGGAAUGAGGAUUAUAGAAGGCAGAAGCAAGUGGUGGAUAUUGUGAGAAAUUCGGAUGCGUGGAAGCGAUCUGGCGGGAAAGAUCAUGUCUUUGUUCUUACAGACCCAGUUGCGAUGUGGCAUUUAAGAGCUGAGAUAGCCCCAGCUAUUCUACUGGUGGUAGACUUUGGUGGGUGGUAUAGGCUUGACUCGAAGUCAUCGAAUGGUAGUUCGUCAGAUAUGAUACAGCAUACCCAAGUCUCACUGCUGAAAGAUGUGAUUGUUCCAUACACACAUCUACUUCCUAGAUUGCAGUUAUCAGAGAACAAGAAACGCAGCACCCUUCUUUAUUUUAAAGGAGCCAAACAUAGGCACCGGGGAGGCAUAGUUCGAGAAAAAUUGUGGGACUUGCUGGUUAAUGAGCCUGGAGUUAUCAUUGAAGAAGGAUUCCCUAAUGCUACUGGGAGGGAGCAGUCCAUUAGAGGGAUGAGAUCAUCAGAAUUCUGUUUGCACCCAGCUGGGGACACCCCCUCUUCUUGCCGGCUAUUCGAUGCCAUCCAAAGCCUGUGUAUACCUGUUGUUGUAAGUGACAACAUUGAGCUGCCAUUUGAAGGCAUGGUAGAUUACACAGAAUUCGCAGUUUUUGUUGCAGUUGAUGAUGCCUUGAAGCCCAGAUGGCUGGUGGAUCGUCUCAGAAGCAUUUCUGUGAAGCAGAGGAAUGAAUUCCGUAGAAAUAUGGCUAAGGUUCAACCGAUUCUUCAGUAUGAUAAUGGUCAUCCAGGUGGUAUUGGUCCUAUUUCUCCAGAUGGUGCAGUGAAUCACAUAUGGAAAAAGGUACUUCAAAAAUUGCCUGCCAUUAAGGAAGCUGUUGUUCGAGAGAGAAGAAAACCACCUGGUGUAUCAGUUCCUUUGCGUUGCCAUUGUACCUGAACCAAAUCAAGUAAUUCUAAUAGCUUUUGACACUAUGCAUUAUUCUAUAAAGUCAAUUUAAUUUCAUCUCUCGGGAGAAAAAAAAAGAGUUGCUCAUUCCUUUCCCCAUGAUUCGAUAUUUGUAAAUUUCAGGCUUGUUAAAAUAUUCAUAAACAGCGCACUUUACUGAAAUUUGCCAUUUUGUCUA